AGGCAUCAUCUCGUCUUCUUCACAAUUAAUUAGGAGCUCUAUUCCUCGCAAACCCACCAAAUCAACCUCAGGAACUAACCAAUGCACUUGGGAUCCAGACACCCACCAUGCCAAUCCUCAGCCUCUCUGCUAAGCCGCUGCCUCGCCUCCCUGCAAACCAAGGCUUGUCGAGGUUAAGUAAGAGGCUGAACCUUGCGCCUACGUCAAGGAUAAGGAUCACGAUGCUCAAGCAACAAGAUCGUCAGGGGAAUGAAAAUGGCAGCAGGCCUCUGUACCUCGGAAUAGACUUUGGAACUUCAGGCGCCAGAUACGCUCUUAUUGACAAGCAAGGGGCCAUCCAUGCCGAAGGCAAAAGAACCUACCCAGCUGUUGGACAAAGCACCAACUGGGCAGGCUCCUGGAGAGAAGCACUCUUCCACCUUCUCGGCGACAUCCCGUCCGUUCACCGGCCAUCGAUCUCCUCCAUCUCCAUUGAUGGGACUUCAGCAACCACUCUCAUCAUUGAUAGAAACAAUGGAGAGCUUCUUGCUGGUCCUUUCCUCUACAACGAGAGCUUCCCCGACGCUCUGCCCAUGGUCAAAUCGAUCGCUCCUGCGAAUCACACGGUGUGUUCCGGUUCGUCCACCCUGUGCAAGCUCGUGUCAUGGUGGAACAAGCAUUAUUCGAAUGGCGGCGACGAUUCGGCGAUACUGAUGCACCAAUCAGACUGGCUGCUGUGGCUUUUGCAUGGGAAAUACGGUGUUUCCGAUUACAACAAUACUCUCAAGGUAGGGUAUGAUCCAGAGAUUGGGUCAUACCCAAGCUGGCUCAUGUCACAGCCAUACUCACACAUGUUGCCUUCUUCCAUCAGAGCACCUGGAGUUCCCAUUGGCCCAAUCAAAGAAGAUGUACGCUCACAAUACGGCUUUUCCAAUGACUGCGUGAUCUGUACUGGGACGACCGACAGCAUCGCUGCCUUUCUUGCAGCACGAACCACUGAUCCAGGAAAAGCUGUGACGUCGUUGGGUUCAACUCUUGCAAUCAAGCUCGUCAGCAGAGUCCGCGUGGAAGACGCAAGGUUCGGCGUCUACAGCCACCGGAUGGACGACCAGUGGCUCGUCGGCGGGGCGUCCAACAGCGGGGGUGUGGUGCUCCGGCAACUCUUCAGCGACGACCAGCUUGUGACGCUGAGCAGGGACAUCGACCCGUCAUCUCCUUCCCCUCAUGACUACUAUCCUCUGCCCAAGAGCGGCGAGAGGUUCCCUGUCUCCGACCCCGACAUGGAGCCAAGGCUGGAGCCUCGACCCGACAGCGAUGCCGAGUACUUGCAUGGCAUAUUGGAAUCCAUGGCGCGGAUCGAGGCCCGUGGGUAUAAACUGCUGAAGGAGCUCGGCGCUACGCCGGUGGAGGAGGUCUUUACGUCAGGGGGAGGUGCGCAGAAUGAGAAGUGGACGGCGAUCCGGGAGAGAGUGCUUGGGGUGCCUGUUCGGAAGGCAGAGCAGACAGAGGCGGCGUACGGAGCUGCAUUGCUAGCACUGAGGGGUGCUACCACGGGCAAGUGAGCACACUCAGGGGUGCCAUUUUCUUUUGAAUCCCAGCAGAACCAAGUGUUGAGUUCGAUAUACCCCCUUUUUUAUACGAGUAAAAAAGCCUACAAAAAUAGCUCGGCCAACCAUUGCAAUCCUUGUAAAUUCAAAGUGCAAUAAAUAGGAUGUUCUCUGGUCUUCCAAGCUUAUUUGUUGCUUUACUGACAUUAUUAUGAAAGUAAUGAACAGUGUGUUAUGAACUAUGUAGCCAAGA